CUUUCUGUCUCCGCCAAAUCGGAGCGCUUCUCGGGCGGCGGAGGGUGCGGGCUGUGAGGGGUUUGGGAGCAAGGCUUGCACGGGUGGUGUAAGGAAAGGAAAGUGAAGGCGCGCUCUGGGGUAUUGGUUUAGAUCUUGGGUCGGGGAGCUGUUGUUGUUGCGGUUUUUUAGCACAGAGUUUGCUAAGAGAGCAUUGCAAAGCUGCCGUGCGAUUGUGUGUCUGCAGGAGAGAGCUAACAGGGAUAUUUACAAUUCCUGUGGGAGGACCGUGCAGGAAAGACGGAGAUUCGGAUGCAAACUCCUCCCCGUACUUGAAUCUGAAAGGAAGCAGCGAAUCUGACAGUUCUGCCUUAAGAAGCGGGGGAAAGCUGCUGUCCAAAGUAACUCUGCUGACAUCUCCCAGCCUGGCUGAUAGGUUUAAAACCCAGCGUGCACACAUAGAAGCAAGCUGCAGGUACCACUGAAGGUCUGUAGACUUACAGAAGGCUCGGGAGCAUGGAAAGCCUCUGUGCAGCAAACACCACUUUUUCUCUGGAGCUCUUAAGAAAGCUGUGUGAGAAGAAAAGUGGGCAGAAUGUGUUCUUUUCGCCACUGAGUAUUUCUUCUGCUUUGUCCAUGGUUUUGCUGGGUUCAAGAGGUAGCACUGAAGCCCAAAUAACAAAGGUGCUGUCUCUGAACAAUGCCCAGGAUGCUCACAAUGGGUAUCAAUCCCUUCUCUCUGAAAUUAAUGAUCCAAACACCAAAUACAUCCUGAGAACUGCAAACCGGCUCUAUGGAGAAAAGACAUUUGAGUUCCUUCCAUCAUUUAUAGAGUUGAGUGAGAAAUCCUACCAUGCUGGCCUAGAGCAGACUGACUUCAUGCAUGCUUGGGAGGAUUCCAGGAAACAAAUCAAUGGCUGGGUAGAGGAAAGGACUGAAGGUAGAAUCCAGAACCUGUUGGCAGAGGGGAUUGUGAAUUCCCUGACCAGGCUUGUGCUGGUGAAUGCCAUCUAUUUCAAAGGCAGCUGGGAAAAGCAGUUCACCAAAGAGAGAACCACAGAAAGGCCAUUCCGAAUUAAUAAGAAUGAAACCAGACCUGUGCAGAUGAUGUUCAAGAAGGACACAUUUAACAUGACCUAUAUUGGGGACUUCCAGACCAAAAUCCUUGAGCUCCCUUAUGUGGGUAAUGAAUUGAGCAUGAUCAUCCUGCUCCCUGAUGCAAUCCAGGAUGGAUCCACAGGCUUGGAAAGACUGGAAAGAGAACUUACAUAUGAGAAGCUAACAGAUUGGAUCAAUCCUGAAAUGAUGGACUCUACAGAGGUGAGGGUGUCUUUACCCAGAUUUAAACUGGAAGAAAGUUAUGAUCUGAAACCCCUUCUGAGCAGCAUGGGAAUGCCUGAUGCAUUUGCCUUGGGGAAGGCAGACUUCUCGGGAAUCUCAUCUGGCAACGAGCUGGUGCUCUCUGAAGUGGUUCACAAGUCCUUUGUGGAAGUCAAUGAAGAAGGCACUGAAGCGGCUGCUGCCACAGCUGCAGUGAUGAUGAUGCGCUGUGCGAUGAUCGUUCCAGAAUUUACUGCUGAUCAUCCCUUCCUCUUUUUCAUCCGGCACAACAAAACUUCCAGCAUUCUGUUCUGUGGCAGAUUUUGCUGUCCCUAAGGAGGAGAUGUCUUGGCAGCAUAGGUGCCAUCACACAAUAAAUUUACAUUUCCCUGGCACAAGGGGACUGCUUUUGCACUAAUUGUCUCUUUCAGCCGUGCCUGAACCCUCUUCUGUGCUCUUGAUCUUGGGCUUGGCAGGAAUAACAGAGCUGCUUAGACAAGCACAGCACCUUUCAUGUCCUACCCCUCCUGCCCCUGCACCUGGGUGCAGAGGUCUCCAGGUUCUUGCUGACACAAGAGCCAUCCCCCUUGUUCUCUGAGUGCUUCCUCUGUGCUUGACUUCACUUUUGGUGUGCAGCAGGCAGAGUCAGGCAGUGAGAGCCCAUGGAAGAGAAGAAGUUACUUUUGCUUGUGACAAGGCUGGAGCACAUUUGCAGCUGCCCUCCCCUCUUACCUUCCAGACUCAUCCAUUGAGUGCCUUGGUACAUUCCCUGGAGCUGAAAGGAGUGUUUGGCAGCCUGUUCCAGGUGUUGCUGAGCAUCCUGCCUAGCUGUGGUUUUUUUGUCUAGUAACUGGAGAAGCACUUAGGCAAGAACGGGAAUGAAAGUAUGCUUUUGUAUCAGAUGUCCCUGUGAGGUAUUUGUGGUCUGAGUACCUUUGUUUCAUCACCCCAGGACACCUGGGUUUAUUCCCUGUCACCUGCUUCUAGUCCUUUAUUAAAGAAUGUAACAAAAGGGCACAUGGUGCCUAUGGAAUAUUUGAAUGACAAAGCCUUGAGUUGGUUUUUCUUUUGCUACUGUUAUAUAUUUAUCCUGUUAAUACUUUCUUGGACACCAUAGUUUACCUGUAUAAUUCCAAAGACGCAGCUGCAAGGGCUGUCCUUACACGGGGGAUGUGUUUUGUGGGUCCUGUUCCUGGAAUAAUAAAAGAAGUGCAAGCGCUG